GCGGACCGAUGCGGCGCAGGAGGCAGAGCGGAUCCAGACCUCGGUGAGAUCUCAACCGUCUGCGGAAACAGCAACCGAAGGAGCGCCACGUACACUUGGAGGAAUGUCAGCCGUAAACAAAGCUUCAGAGGACGGAGGCUCCUUCUCAUCGAAGGUCAUCGGCGUCGUGUUCGUCAUCCUGCUGCUGGACCUGCUCGGCUUUACUCUGAUUCUGCCCCUGCUGCCGUCCAUCUUGGAUCAUUAUGCACAAACAGAGGACGGCGUGUAUCAGUCCCUGCAGAGCGUGGUGGACUGGUUCAGGGAGGCUGUCGGGAUUCCCAUGGAGAAGAAGUACAACAGCGUCCUGUUUGGAGGUCUGAUUGGGUCGCUGUUCUCUCUGCUGCAGUUCCUGUUGUCGCCUGUGACCGGGGUUCUGUCGGACCGACACGGCAGACGGCCGCUGCUCAUCCUGACCACGUUAGGGCUGAUGUCCUCCUACGCCGUCUGGGCCGUUUCCCGGAGCUUCAGCAUGUUCCUCCUGUUUCGGGUCAUCGGGGGCAUUUGUAAGGGCAACGUCAGCCUCUGCACCGCCAUCAUAGCCGACCUGCCGUGCCCGAAAGCACGCAACCGAGGAAUGGCUAUGAUCGGCAUCGCCUUCUCCGUGGGCUUCACCGUGGGACCUCUGAUGGGAGCGUACUUCGCCAUGAGCUCCAGAACCACAGGAAGCGUCUUCUACCAGACUCCGGCUCUGCUCGCGUUGGCCUUCAGCGCCGCCGACCUGCUCUUCAUUUGGCUCAUGCUGCCGGAGACGCUACCGAAGGACGUCAAGGCUUCAUCGUCGGGCUGCGGCGGCUCCAGCGACCUCCUCAGCCCCUUGUCUUUGUUCCACUUCGCUGCUGUCACCAGGACAAAAGAGCCGCCCUCCAGAGACAGAAUGCAGACGCUCCGAGUGCUGGGCCUGGUUUAUUUCUGCUACCUCUUCCUGUUCUCCGGUCUGGAGUUCACGCUGAGCUUUCUGACCCACCAGCGCUUCCAGUUUACGAGCAUGCAGCAAGGAAAGAUGUUCUUCUUCAUCGGUGUCAUCAUGGCUCUAAUCCAGGGCGGCUACGCUCGCAGAAUCAAACCUGGGAACCACAUUAGGGCUGUGAGAAUGGCGAUCGUAACACUGAUCCCAGCGUUCAUCCUCAUCGGGUCGUCGUGGAACAUCACGAUGCUGUACGUCGGCUUGGCCUUGUACUCCUUCGCGGCUGCGAUCGUCGUCCCCUGCCUGUCCACGCUGGUUUCUGACCACGGUUCGGCGCAUCAGAAAGGCACCGUGAUGGGGAUCCUGCGUAGCCUGGGCGCCCUGGCCAGAGCACUGGGACCAGUCGUGUCCUCCUCUGUUUACUGGAUCGCAGGAGCACAGACCUGCUUCCUCAUCACAUCGGCCGGCUUCGUGGUACCGCUGGUUCUCCUGAGCAUCGCCGGGAGGCUGAAGGAGGAAUGAGCCGCACAAAGACUUUUAAAAAGACAGAAUAAAUGAAUGUUGUGAUGUUUACAUCUUCUGGGAAAGCGAGCGCGGAGUUCCUGCUCUGUGACUGCCGGGACGACGUGACUCACCUGUCGGGGCCAAAGAUCAACACCUGGAGCUAAAUGAGAAGCAGGUGCACAUGCCAACCAGAGGCGCUGGGAGAGGCGACGCCAUGCUGCUUAUGUGCACCUGUAGACCUGUACGUGUUCAACGGGUCAGGGGGGAUUUUAAAUGCUUCUGUGCUUAGAAAUCAUUUUAUAACGCCAUAUUUUAUCAACCGCUCUGAUUUUGUAGCGUUUUAUUUUUGCUCUCCUGAUAAAUGUUGAUAUUCUAUUUUCUAUUAAUUAAUAAUAAAAAAAAAAUGAACAAACACG